UAUCAAUAUGGCGGUGAAGUGGGAAACGAUGUGCUUUUCAGUAUGCAUUUGCACUACAAUUUUCGCUUCAGUACAAUAGAAAAUUUUUCCAGGUUCAAGCAUUCCUGAAAAUAAAAUCAUGUCUUAAAUCGGUUGAUACGUGUCGUCAGUCAUUGUACAAAGAUAUGUGGAAUUGAUUGCACUUUACACAUAAAAUUUCAUUUCGCAAAAGAAUGCCAAGUUUGAGGAAAAAAGUUGCUGGUUUCAUGAGACAAUUGUCCAUUAGUAAUUUGGCUGGAGUCGUAGAAACAAUAGGUCAUGGAGAGCAAACGUUGCGUAGUCCUAGAUCGUUGACUCAAGAUUUUUCAAGUGGUUGCUUCAUAACGCGAUAUCUCGAUGGCUUAGAAACAAAACAAGAGGGACCAGCGAUAUUGCAUGGUAGAAAUCCAGAAGAACUACCGGUCAGACAGCUUGGGAAUUUUCAGGAAAAUAGAAAUGUAGUUGCUGCUCACAGUGGUCCGGAUAACGGACUCACAGCUGUCAACGUACAACAAAGGCAUCUGAGUAUUAACGAUAUCGAUAUAGAUUAUAUAGACAUGUUGGAUCAAGGAGAGCAGUACAGAAAUACAUCAACCGCGACGAUUCCUACGAUUGCUGGUAUCGCCGAUUGGUUUAAUCCUCACGAGAAGGUUUACGGAAUUGCUACUACACUUUAUGAAAAAAAUCCUACAAACAAUAUAAAUAAUGGAGAGCCGAUAGCAGAUUGUUUCGGUAUAGUUGCCAGGUCGAAUUCAGCUAUUUUAGCCCUAGCAGACGGAGUCAACUGGGGGACUAAAGCAAGUAUCGCAGCCAGAUCCGCAGUACACGGUAGUAUGGAAUACUUGAACAAAGCGCUUUUCUGUCCACCGAUCAACGGCGAGAUGACGACGACGAAAGACGUUUUUAUAGCACUACUUCGAUCAUUCCACGCUGCACAUUCGUUGAUCUUGCAAGAGCAAGGCAUGUUGACGACGUUGACAGUAUGCGUGGUUCUUCCACUGCCAAGUUCCGAUUCCAAUACCGAACAAACUAAAUACAUCGCGUGUAGUUGCAACGUUGGCGACAGUUUAGCAUACGUGUAUUCAAGGAAAACUGGAGUGAGGGAGAUUACGAGAGGGUCCCACGAUAUUCAUUGUAUGCGCGACAUGCGCGACGCUCUCGGAGCCUUAGGUCCCGUGGACGGAUCUAAUCCGGAAUUGAACAAUUUGACGCUCGCAAUGACGGAGGUCGAGAAGGGAGACAUUGUAUUUUUGACGAGCGACGGAAUUUCGGACAAUUUCGAUCCGGUCGUUGGAAAAUUCGCUAUUUUGCCGUGCAACAAUUCUGUACCUGAUUCAAGUGUGAGAAGUCAUACCGACGGUAUAACGCGAACGCGUCGGAAGUCCGCGGAAAAUCUGCGACAUGCGGAGUCUGGAAACAGCAACAGCAAUAGAAACAAAUCCAAUUUGCCUGUGGUCGAAGCUUAUCAGAGACACGAAUUAACGCUUCUUAGGAUAGAAGAUCUGUUGAGGAGGGGUGUAUCCGGAGAAGGUCCACCUUGCAACAGUGCCAAACAUCUCUGCGAACUUCUUUUGGAUUUUGCAGUACGCAUAACUGCCGCUAAACGACGAAUAUUAGAAGACACAGAUUUAUAUUACGCACAAAAUAAAGACGGCCAGUUGAUUCAGCUCUCGAAGCAGGAACAGAGAAUGCGUCGGAUAAAGACUCUGGACAAGGUUUCCAUGAUUCCUGGCAAAUUAGAUCACGCAACAGUCGUGGCAUACGUAGUUGGAUCUGUUUCAGAAUACGAUUUAUAAUUACUAUUAUGAUUACAGCUUUCAUUUGUAAGAUUAAUCAAUUUCAAACGAUUCUCCUGGCAGCGAGGAUUGAGUUCAAAUUACUGUUUUAUUAUGAGAUUACGUUGUUUAUACAAUUUUUUGUUAUUAAUAAAACGAUUCAUGUAUAUGGAAAA